AUGGCACCAGGACAUUUCGACAUUUCGGGCAAGACGGAGCAAGCUGUCGCAGAGCAAGUCCAGCAUUAUCCUCGCCCAGCAGCCAUCUCCCAUUUCACAUAUGGCACUGCUGGCUUUCGUAUGAAGGGCGACCACCUCGACCAUGUAAUGUUUGGUAUGGGUCUGCUCGCGGGAAUUCGUUCCCGCAAACUGAAUGGGCAGACUAUUGGUGUCAUGAUCACUGCCUCUCACAACCCUGCCGAGGACAACGGCGUGAAGUUGGUGGACCCAAUGGGCGAAAUGCUGGAGCAGGACUGGGAGGAGUGGGCCACAUAUAUUGUCAACGGCAAGACACCCGAAGAGAGUGUAAACGCAUACGGUCAUGUUGUCAAGCAGUUCAAGAUCGACCAGGAAGCACCAGCAAAUGUCAUCUACGCAAGAGACACUCGUCCAUCGGGCAUCCGACUGGUCAAGGCGCUCGAGGCUGGUCUCAAGGCCACCAAUGUCACCUACAAGGACUUUGGUAUCCUCACGACCCCGCAGCUGCACUACCUGGUUCGUGCAACCAACACCCAGCACGACAAGAAUCCAUAUGGCAAAAUUUCCGAGGUCGGCUACUAUGAGAAGCUGGCUGCUGCUUUUGAAACCGUCACCAAGAACACCAAGUUUCACUCUCCAGUGACAGUCGACUGUGCGAAUGGAGUGGGUGCUCCCAAGCUCCAGGCUUUUCUCAAGUAUCACCCCGACUCACCUGAGAGCUUAAAAGUCAGCGUCAAGAACGACCGCAUUGAGGAUCCUGAAAUUCUCAACAAGGACUGUGGUGCCGAUUUCGUCAAGACUCAGCAGAAGACUCCGGCCAACUACAACGGAAAACCCUUCGACAGGUGGUGUGCUUUUGACGGCGACGCAGACCGAAUCAUCUACUUUUUCAACGAAGAAGGUGGCAUUUUCCGUAUGCUCGACGGCGACCGUAUCGCGACUCUUGCUGCCUCCUUCCUUGGCGAGCUGRUAGAGAAGUGUGGCCUUAGCGACAAGAUCAAGCUUGGUGUUGUACAGACCGCAUACGCCAACGGCGCCAGCACCAAGUUCAUCGAAGACCGACUCAAGAUCAAGGCGGAGUUCACCGCAACCGGCGUGAAGCACCUUCACCACGCUGCCGCUCGCUACGAUAUUGGAGUGUACUUCGAAGCAAAUGGCCACGGCACCAUCCUCUUCUCUCAGAAUGCACUGCGCACGAUCUGGAAGCAGGAACCUGAAUCACCAGCACAGCUUGAGAGUCUGGGGACCCUACGUGGGUUGACUGAUCUGAUCAACCAGACCGUUGGCGACGCUCUCUCUGACUUCCUCCUGGUCGAGGCCAUUCUCGCGCACAAGGAAUUCACUGUCAAGGAGUGGCUUGCUACCUACACCGAUCUUCCGAACAAGCUUGCUAAGCAGGUCGUUGCAGACAGAAGCGAGUACACAACCGUCCCGGGUACCGCUGAGCAGAAGCUCGCCACUCCUGAAGGUCUGCAGACCCUCAUCGAAGCUGAAGUCGCCAAGUACAAGCAAGGCAGAUGUUUCGUUCGCGCCAGUGGCACUGAGGAUGCCGUAAGGAUAUACGGAGAAGCCGCAGAGGCGUACGAUGUCAACCACAUGGUGCAGGCAGUCAUGACUCUCGUAAAGGGCCGGUCCGGGGCUGCUGGCGCCUAG